GUGGCUGCGGCCGCGGGCGGGCGGUGAAGCUGGGUGAGCGCGUAGUUGGCGCCCCGGCUCGGCGCCCACGGCUCUCCGCACCCCGGGCUUGCUACCGCGCGGGGGCCUGCGCCGCCCCUGCCUCCGCUUCUGGGCCAUGGUGCAACCCGAGGGCGCGUCCGACCCCCGUCGCCGCUGACCCCGGUCCAGCACUCCAUGGCCGCCUCGGCGCCGCCCCCACCGGACAAGCUGGAGGGUGGUGGCGGCCCCGCACCGCCCCCUGCGCCGCCCAGCACCGGGAGGAAGCAGGGCAAGGCCGGUCUGCAGAUGAAGAGCCCAGAAAAGAAGCGAAGGAAGUCAAAUACUCAGGGUCCUGCAUACUCACAUCUGACGGAGUUUGCACCACCCCCGACUCCCAUGGUGGAUCACCUGGUUGCAUCCAACCCUUUCGAGGAUGACUUCGGAGCCCCUAAGGUGGGGGGCGCAGCCCCUCCAUUUCUUGGCAGUCCUAUUCCCUUUGGGGGCUUUCGCGUACAGGGGGGCAUGGCAGGCCAGGUACCCCCAGGCUACGGCACUGCCGGUGGAGGGGGUCCCCAGCCUCUUCGUCGACAGCCUCCCCCUUUCCCUCCCAACCCCAUGGGUCCUGCUUUCAACAUGCCCCCCCAGGGACCUGGCUACCCACCCCCAGGCAACAUGAACUUUCCCAGCCAACCCUUCAACCAGCCUCUGGGUCAGAACUUUAGCCCACCGGGUGGGCAGAUGAUGCCAGGCCCGGUGGGGGGAUUUGGCCCCAUGAUCUCACCCACCAUGGGACAACCUCCCAGAGGGGAGCUGGGCCCCCCUUCUCUCCCCCAACGCUUUGCUCAGCCAGGGGCACCUUUUGGCCCUUCUCCUCUCCAGAGACCUGGUCAGGGGCUCCCCAGCCUGCCCCCCAACACAAGUCCCUUCCCUGGUCCCGACCCUGGCUUUCCUGCCCCUGGUGGUGAGGAUGGCGGGAAGCCCUUAAAUCCACCUGCUCCCACUGCUUUUCCCCAGGAGCCCCACUCAGGCUCCCCGGCUGCUGCUGUUAAUGGGAAUCAGCCCAGUUUUCCCCCAAGCAGCAGUGGGCGGGGUGGGGGCACCCCAGAUGCCAAUAGCCUGGCACCCCCUGGCAAGGCAGGUGGGGGCUCAGGGCCCCAGCCUCCCCCAGGCCUGGUGUAUCCAUGUGGUGCCUGUCGCAGUGAGGUGAACGACGACCAAGAUGCCAUUCUGUGCGAGGCUUCCUGCCAGAAGUGGUUCCACCGCGAGUGCACGGGCAUGACUGAGAGCGCCUAUGGGCUGCUGACCACCGAGGCCUCUGCCGUCUGGGCCUGUGAUCUCUGCCUCAAGACCAAGGAGAUCCAGUCUGUCUACAUCCGAGAAGGCAUGGGGCAGCUGGUGGUGGCUAACGAUGGGUGAUGCCGGCCAGGUGCCAGGGAAGUGUGUACAUUCCUCCCUGCUCUUGCAGGAUGAUUGUUGGCCUGUCUGGCUCUUAGUCCUUGUUUCCCCCGGCUUCCCAUCCCCAUGGGGCGGCAGAAACACAGUGGCUCCUGGGGGCAGAAAAGGAACUGAGGGGGGGCAGGCAGAAGAGCCUGGAUCGCUCACUUUUCUGGAAACUUGUGCAUUGAGAUCUACCGAGGUCCAGAAAACCAAAGCCCUGCCGAGCAGAGCCGUUUUUGGUGGCUGUCUCUGGAGGCCUGGGGGUAUGGCUGCAAGAGAAAAGAGGCUGGAGGAAGAUCUGAAGGGCAGGGGCGCCCCCUCCGCAGACGACGGAUGCCCCCAACACCUGUGCCUAACGCUUCUGUAGCCCCGCAGCUCCAGCCUUAGUUUUUGGAGUCUAAUAUUAAAGGUUUCUGGCCAGAAGAGUUGGGGUCUCUUCCCAUCUCUGCAGUAGUCCUUUCAUGGGCGCUGGGAGACAGCUUUAGGGAAUAAAUGGAGAUUUUCCUCUGUCCUUCCCUCCCUUUGCCUCUUCCAAGACCCACCCAACUCCUCCUCCCUCAGAGAGAACCAAAUAGCUUGAAGAAGCAGGAGAGUUCGUGGCUGUGGCCGUUUCUUGGUGAUUUGGGGCUUCGAAACAGUAGGUAAGAGAUGCUGUCAGGACAUAUCCCCCUCAUACCAAAGUCACUGGUCCUUUCCCAGCCUCUCUUGUGCUUUUUCCCUAAUGAUCAUAUUUUUGCCAAAAAUUGGGAUAUGUGGUCUGACAGACCAGAAUAUUUGACAUUUAGACUGUCCUGGAAGCCUAGACUCUGGUUGUACUGCCUUCCCCCUUGCCCCUGUGUUGCACAUUUUUCUCAGCGCUGGUCUUCAACUUUUGGCGCCCUUAUUUCCCUGUCUCCCUGGUGGCUUGAUGGAAAGAAAGCUUGAAAAGGCGUGGAGCCCUCAUACCUCAUUAUUUCUCCUGAUGAAAGCACGCCUGUCACGGCCUGCGGGUUGGGGAGGCACGGCGGGACCCUCAUUGCCAUGGUACUAAAAUCAGUCCAGAGCCUGGAUGUUUUUUGCUUCUCUCUUCCCCUGCUAUUCUUUGUAUCUGCUCGGGCGAGGUCAUCUAGUUGUUCCCAUUCGUCUCAGCCAGGGUCCUGCGCUGGGCUUAGUUCUUAUUUCAUUUUUAAAGCACUGCCUGCCAGAGAAGGGCCUUGGUCCUGAGGAGGAGUCCCUCACAGCUGCUCCCUCCCUUACAGCCAGAGCUCACAUUCCUCGGUGGGGUGGGGAAGGCAGGCUUGGGGCGUGGCCCCGACGGGAGCCGGGGGUCCCUUGCUGGCCCUUCCCCGUGUGAAGAGAAGACACGGAUGCUGCAGAACUUGGCCAGUGCAGCAUUCAGCCUUUGAGGCUGUGAAAAAGAAGGCAGCGGCCUCUGGGCUUCUCUUCUCCAGGGUUCUUCCCACCGGACAGCAGAGAUGGCACCCCCCUCCCUCAACUUUGUGUUGUGUUUGUGGUUCUGUUCGCUCCUCUUCCAUCUGUUGCUAUUUUUGUGGUCUCUCCCAUGGCAGCAUUUUGUAAGGUGGCUCCUGAGGGGCGGCGGUGGUGGUGGGGUGUCAGCUCAAUCCCUCUCUCCCCCUCACUCCACAACUUUUUGGAAGCAAGUGGGGGUGGCAGAGAUGUGGGGAAAGUUUUGUACGGUUGGAUUAAUAAAAUGACUUUGGAAAAUCCA